ACAGGUUCAGUUGGAGGCGAUCAUAGGUGGCUGCUGUGACAAAGGGAAAUUGUGCUUUUCCAGCAUGCUAACUGACCCUGAUUUACCUCAGGAGUUUGAAAGGAUGUCUUCCAAGCGACCAGCCUCUCCGUAUGGGGAAGCAGAUGGAGAGGUAGCCAUGGUGACAAGCAGACAGAAAGUGGAAGAAGAGGAGAGUGACGGGCUCCCAGCCUUUCACCUUCCCUUACAUGUGAGUUUUCCCAACAAGCCUCACGCUGAGGAAUUUCAGCCAGUUUCUCUGCUGACGCAAGAGAGUUGUGGCCAUAGGACUCCCACUUCUCAGCACAAUACAAUGGAAGUUGAUGGCAAUAAAGUGAUGUCUUCAUUUGCCCCGCACAACUCAUCUACCUCACCAUUGAAGGCAGAAGAAGGUGGGCGUCAGAGUGGAGAGUCAUUGUCCAGUACAGCCCUGGGAACCCCUGAAAGACGUAAAGGCAGCUUAGCAGAUGUUGUAGAUACCUUAAAGCAGAGAAAAAUGGAAGAGCUCAUCAAAAAUGAGCCAGAAG